GCUGCUUCAGGAAUGUAAACUAUUCAACAUGGAGACGGUUGAUAAGCUGGAGGCGAUGUUCCAGAAAGCAGAAGCUGAUAUAGAAUAUGUGGAAAAGCGGCUGAAAUUCGACUUCAUGGCCAAUGCGCGAGAAGCGGGCACGUUUGAGGGAAACCCUGUUCAGUUGCUGGAGAACUUGUCGGCGAUCAAAGCACGGCAUGCGGCCCUGUGCGCACAGGUGGAGGAGAUCGCGGUGGAACAGAAACGAUCCAUGGACUCACUACGAGCUCACCUGGACACCACAGUGCAGAUGGUUCAACAGCUGCAGAACACAGCAGAUGUGCAGGUUCCGCCACUGACAGAAGAAGAACAAGAAGCGAGAGAUGUUCUCUGCUCAUCCGUUGCUGCGUUAAAUGUAGAGGCCGUGCUGACAGAAGAACCUCAAACUCAAGCACAGUCUGAAUCACAGAAUGUGCGUGAAGAGGUGCCUGAGGGGACAUUUGAGACUGUCCCACGGAGUGUACGUGGUAACUUGAAGCUGAAUGACCUCAACACCCUCUAUAAGCAGUUAUCCGAGUACUUCUCAGAUAAGAACAGGGGGCCAAUAAGCACUCAGAGGAUGAAGAAGCUGAACAUGAAAGUUAGUGAUUCUGCAUUGAAGACCUUACAGCACCUUAAACUCAUUGAGCUGGAUAAAAAAGGACUUGUGUCAUUGCUGGCAAAAGACUGAGAAACAGGGACCAAUUAGACAGUUCCUUCCACCUGUGUGCUAAAGUAAAACCCUAAAAAAAGUUUAGAACAGGAAUGACAGUGGACUUGAAAACAUUUCAAAAACAUUGCGUCCGUGAAGUUCAGUAUAUCCAUUAAUCAGGAUUGCAUACAUUUAAAAGAAAAUAAUCUUAUCAGUUUUAAGGACUAAACUUAUUUUUUCCUGUUAUUUUUCUGUCCUGUUUCCUCUGCAUAAUGUUAUUCAGCCAUUAUUAAAUAUAUCAUAUAUCAUGACCUGUUGUGGCAUCAUUAGAUUUGUAUAAGAAAGAAACUGUACAGCAUAAGAGUUUAUAUUUCUUGUAAAGGGAAACAGGUGUUUAUGUAAUUUCAGAUCUCAGUGAAGCAGAGGAGACCGUAUUUCAAUGUAAGAUUCAGUGUAUUCACUUUUUUUUUAGGCUACGGUUAUAAUUACUUUGAGUAUGCAAUAAAAUGUCUUUUUUAUA